CUAAUAGUACAUGUGUUUUGCUGGAUUGUACCACGCGUCUUUGUCUGUAAACGGGGAGGAGACACUAACCCCUAGUGAAACCAAAUUCGGACAGUAAUUUGUAGUGACUGACAAGCGAAUGGUUUGCAUUUUGUGUUGGCUUACUGCCUCUUUAAAGUCGUAAUCUUAAGAGAAGGAUACGAAGCAACUGUGAGAUAUUGCAUUAAAACCACCCGGUGAGGGACAUCAUAUCAUUGACGUCUUGGGAAUAAAAUAUGGAAUGUGUUACACUGUCAUCGGAACACAACAAAACAAGCUUUAUUGACAGGACUCUGAAGACCAUCAGUUAGCAGUUUCCUCUUGGACUCAACCCAGCACUUUACAGAGAAAAUACCCCACUGUUUACAUAAAGGCUUCCCUGUGGGGUUGUUUUUUUUCUUAAAUUUUACUAAUUUUAUUAUAGAUUUGUAACUCUUGCAGUUAUUUAAGGAAAACCUCCAUUAUGGUGCUGGAUCAGUAUUUGUGGAUGGUAAUUGUAGGCUUUAUAAUAGCCUUUGUGUUGGCAUUUUCUGUUGGUGCAAAUGACGUGGCCAACUCCUUUGGUACUGCUGUAGGAUCUGGGGUUGUAACAUUACGCCAGGCCUGUAUCUUGGCUUCAAUCUUUGAAACGCUUGGUUCAGUGUUGCUUGGAGCAAAAGUUGGAGAAACCAUUCGGAAAGGGAUCAUUGACGUCAACCUCUAUAAUGAGACUGUGGAUUUACUUAUGGCCGGCGAGGUCAGCGCAAUGGUUGGGUCAGCCGUCUGGCAGCUGAUUGCUUCAUUCUUGAAACUUCCAAUAUCAGGCACACAUUGCAUUGUGGGUGCCACCAUUGGGUUCUCACUCGUCGCAAUCGGUACAAAAGGUGUUCAGUGGAUACAGCUUGUGAAGAUUGUGGCCUCCUGGUUCAUUUCCCCUCUCUUAUCUGGUCUGAUGUCAGCACUUCUGUUUUUUCUCAUCAGUACUUUCAUUUUGAAUAAGGAUGAUCCUGUUCCCAAUGGUCUUCGUGCACUUCCAGUAUUCUAUGCUACAACUAUAGGAAUCAAUACAUUUUCAAUUAUGUACACUGGUGCCCCGUUACUGGGACUAGAUGAGCUUCCGGUUUGGGCAAUAGCAUUAAUUUCGCUUGGUGGAUCGAUUAUCUUUGGCAUCAUAGUGUGGUUCUGUGUAUGUCCAUGGAUGAGAAGGAAAAUGCAAAGCAGGGCGAAACGUGAAGCUGCAUUAUCCAGAAUAUCUGAUGAAAGCUUGGAUAAAAUUCAGGAAGAGGAGGAAGAGUCUCCUGUCUUUAAGGAGUUGCCUGGUGCAAACAUGACUGAUGAAAGUGCUGUUCCUCUCACUUCUGCUGAGUUUGAGUCUGCUGGAGGGACAACUCGCUUGGCUAAUGGAAACCCUGGACAUCCCAAUGGUAGAACUGCAUCCUUGACGAAUGGUUCCUUGAGAUCACCUAUUUCUAAUGGUACAUUUAAUUUUGAUAGCCAUUUGAAGAGGAGUGAUGGUCAUGUGUACCACACUGUACACAAAGACUCAGGGUUAUACAAAGACUUGCUGCACAGAAUACAUCUGGAAAGAGUUCCAGAUGACAGGAUUCCUCAGGAGAAUAAUUAUAGGAUAUUACGUCGCAACAACAGCUAUACAUGCUAUACAGCUGCCAUCUGUGGCAUGCCUGUACACUCUGCUUUCAAGGCUGCAGAUGUCACACCAGAAGACAGUGAGAAGCUAGUAGGUGACUCAGUAGCCUAUUCUAAAAAACGAAUUCGCUAUGACAGCUAUUCCAGUUACUGUAAUGCCGUAGCAGAGGCAGAAAUUGAAGCUGAAGAAGGUGUUGAAAUGAAAUUGGCCACUGAACUCGGUGAGCCCAUUCAACCUUCAGAUUCGUCUUUGGAUGAGGAUAAAGAAGAAAAGGAUAAACCUGAGGUUUUCUUGCUUUUCCAUUUCCUUCAGAUACUUACAGCUUGCUUUGGAUCAUUUGCGCAUGGUGGAAAUGAUGUUAGCAAUGCAAUUGGUCCACUAGUGGCACUGUGGCUCAUUUAUGAACAAGGUGGCGUAAUGCAGAACUCUCCAACACCAGUGUGGCUGCUUUUUUAUGGAGGUGUUGGUAUCUGUGCUGGUCUCUGGGUAUGGGGAAGGAGAGUUAUCCAGACUAUGGGUAAAGACCUUACACCAAUUACUCCUUCAAGUGGAUUCACUAUUGAGCUGGCUUCAGCGCUCACAGUUGUGAUUGCGUCAAAUAUUGGAAUUCCUGUCAGUACUACACACUGCAAGGUUGGGUCCGUGGUUUCAGUUGGCUGGAUUCGGUCAAGGAAGGCCGUUGACUGGCAUCUGUUUCGUAACAUCUUUCUAGCUUGGUUUGUAACUGUGCCUGUUGCUGGCCUUUUCAGUGCUGCGGUCAUGGCGCUCUUUAUGUACGGUAUUUUGCCGUAUGUCUAGUAAAGCUGCAAGAUCAGAAGAGUCUCUCUUGAAAGUGCUGAUGUUAUAUAAAAGCAUAAAGCACUUCCCUCAAGAGUCUGCUGGUUCUUGGUUUGUCCCGUUUCAAGGGAAAUUUAUUAUAACAAGACUUAAUCUUCCACUGCUAAUUAAUCUGCUGUACAUAACACUGUCAUACUGGCAACAUGGUAAUAAAACGUGGUUGAAAUUGCUUUAACAUAUCUAUAUAUAAAUAUAUAUAUAUAUAUAUGUGUGUAUAAAUAUUAGUAGAGCACACUACCGAAGUCAUAUUGUAAGUGGAGUGGUUAUGACUGCCUAGGAUUUUUCCUUUUUACGUAGUAUGAAACGUUGUAUAUAAUGUAUUCAAGUGGCAAAUUUUAUAUAUUAAUACUUUAAAAAAAGUUUUAGCCAAAGUUCAGGUUUAACAUGGGAGAUAAGCGAGGUACUCGGUCCAUAAUUUUUCAUGCUAUUUUUAAGUGAGUCAUUUGCUGUCCAGAUGAUAAAUUAAAAAGGAUUAGUAGAAAACUGUUUUAAACUUGCCUAAUUGUUCCAAAACUGUUUAUAUAUACAUAUAUAUAUAUAUAGACAUGUUAAUGUACAGUACUGUGUUUCAGCUGUAAAUACUUUGUAACAUUUUUAGUUCUCAUUUUUAAUGUAACUACUCAUUUCUCCUUGCAGUUUGCACAUGAACAAGAUAAAAAGUGCAUUAGAGAUAUUGGGAAAUGAAGUUUGACAGUAUUUCACUUGUAGAUAAAAUUAGAUUUUUAAAAUAUUCAUAUUGGGUAUUAUCCCUAAUGUGCCACAUUAGGGUAGCACGGGGUGCAUGUCUCAGAAUCCCUGAGACUGAUUUCUACAUAUUUUCAUAUUUUGUAUCCUGUCAUGCAGAAGGUAUGCAUUGUCAAUUUACUUUUUUUUUUUUUUUUUUUUUUUACACAUUUCUUAAAGCACCUAGCACUUCAUGUUUGCACAUAUCUAGUAGCACAAAAGGGACUAUAGCAAUAGUUUGUUAAAAUCAUAACAUAUCAGACUACAUUUUAGCUGAAUAUUCUUUCCUUGAUUUUUUUAAUGCAUGAUUGCCUGUUUUGCUUUUUGAAUUUUUGAACCAUGAAAUAAUAUUGUAAAAGUGAGUUAAGCCGCUCAUUUCAUUCCUACUUUAGCGUUAACUGUUAAGGUAGUAAUUUUCUUACACUGUUGGAAAGUUCAUAGUAGCUAAAAGUAACGCUGAGCAGCAACAUGCUGAUACUUUUCAGUUGUGUAAACAUUUUGGUUUGUUCAUAAGUAAGGUAAAUGCGUGCUUUAUUAGACCAGAUACUUUGAGGUUCAUUUCAUGUAAUCACUGGAAGCUGUAAAAAAAAAAAAAACUGUAUUUGAAGGUUUGGUUACUGCUGAAUUAACACCACACAAGUCACAAGCUCUGAGGCAGUGCCUCUUGGGUAGUAGUGUGGUGGCAAUAGCCUCAGCUUUUUCAGCUGCGUCUUACCUUUCUGGUAAAUGUGUCAGUAAUUGUGUUCCCUCCUGCAGGGAGAAAACUGCUGGCAUUUAACUUGCAGAGAACACUAUUUAUCAAUUUGACUGUUGAGCUUCUUUCAUUUUCUAAGUGUACAAAACAAAAACUAUUUCCUGUCAAAGAAAUACUAUUAUCAGUUGAAAA